CCGAACGACAACAGCUUAGAGUCUACGACCUUUCGAUUACCACCACAGAAACCACGCAUCAUCAAGCUUCAUCGAAUAAUCAUGCCCAACAACAGACUCGGGUAUCAUGAGGAUACCUCAUCGAGGGCAGAAGUACGCUACGGACCCCAAGCUAGACGAGACCAUGACAGCACACGAGGAUACAACGACAUCCUGAGUCAGCUUCAUGCCCGCGAUAGCAAUACGUGUAACAGGCCAAGAAGAUCGUCUACCACCACCACCACCUUGAAUGGUAUUGCUGUACCUACGAAAAUCGACAGUUCAUCUGACUCAACUUGCUCCAUAUGUUUGGAAGAGUACAGUGAAAUCCACAGCCAGGGCCACCUACCUAUGAAGAUACGGAUUUGCGGUCAUAUAUUCGGCGCUAAAUGUAUUCGAAGAUGGCUCGGAAGCUCAACGACAUGUCCUAUGUGCCGAAGGCAGCUCAAUGCUCUACCCAGAUCACCGACUUUUGCUGAUCUUUAUUCGACAGUUAUCCACCCAUCACCGUCAGAUCUAAUUCGAGGUUCUGCGAUAACGACACCCCAACUCACGCCAUUGAGGUUCACUCGAUCCCGGUCGAGAUUAUCCGUUGAAAUCGUAGCCAUAGGAUUGUUCCCGGGAGAUGGAGCUAUACACGGCCGGUUCAUUGAUGUGUUUGCCUCUCGGACGUAUUUCCCGCCAGAGAAUCCUGUGGUGUGGGCCGCGUUGUCUUACGUUAUGACUCGGGCAAUGAGAGAAAUCUGCGAGCGGUCAACAUAA